GAAGAAACUGGGGGAGGUUGAGGCCAAGACCGUGGAGUAUCUGCAGCACGAUAAGAUCAAGAACGAGGUCAGAGCCGCUGCUAAGGCGUUGAGUGCGCCAGUCGCGAGCGGCCUCAAGGCAUCUGAUUUGCGUAAUUAGACCCAUUCAAUAGUGCCGGUAAAUACUUAGCUUACAUGUGACAAGGCCUUGGAUACCAAGGAUGGGCAAUAGCGCAUACGCCAACGUCCUACAUUCUCCCUCUCCAGAAUCGAUCGUUUGUCGGCCGAGCGGCCGAGCUCGAGGUGCUGCAGCAGAAACUCGUGAAGCGGGAGUGCUACAAGAUGUCGAUCGUCGGACUCGGCGGCACGGGCAAGACGGAGGUCGCGCUGCAGUUCGCGUACGCCUUGAAGCAGAACCAUCCCGACGUCUCCAUCUUCUGGGUGGCCGCCCUGAGCAUGGAGAGCUUCGAGCAGGCGUGCGCGAAGGCGCUGAGCGCACUGGGCAUACCUCGUGCAGCAGACGGAACGGAAGAUGCAAAGGUGCUGUUCAGGCAGCACCUGAGUAUGGAGCGUGCGGGAACGUGGCUGGUGGUGGUCGACAACGCCGACGACGCGGGCAUCCUCUUCGAGAGCGGGGAGGCAAAGGGCGUGGUUGACUAUCUGCCACAGAGCGGGAAGGGCGUGAUCCUGUUCACCACACGAUCGCUAGAGGUAGCAGUGCAGCUGACAGCAGGCAACCAUCUCGAACUCGGGCCUAUGAGCCAACAGGAUGCGGCGUUGUUGUUGAAAAAGCGGCUCGGAGAGGGCAUUGUCUACGAUGCGGCGACCACGACCGAACUGCUCGACGAGCUGACGUAUCUGCCGCUCGCAAUUGCGCAGGCCGCUUCCUAUCUGGCUAUCAAGAAAACGUCUAUCGCGAGAUAUUUGCAGCUGCUGCGCAGCACGGAGCAGGAUCUGGUCGAGCUCAUGAGCAGAGAGUUCCGCGACGAUGGGCGACACACGAACUCGACCAACGCAGUGGCCAAGACGUGGGUGGUGUCGUUCGAGCAAAUCUGCACACGCGAUGCGGUGGCGGCCGACCUGCUGCUGUUCAUUUCGUGCAUCGAGUGGAAGGCCAUCCCACGGUCCAUCCUGCCCAGCACGCAGUCGGACGUGCGGAUGGAGGACGCCAUCGGCACGCUCUGCGGAUACUCGUUCAUCACGAGACGAGGCGACGACGACUGGUACGACAUGCACCGGCUCGUGCACCUGGCGACGCGCAUCUGGCUCCGGCAGCACGGCGAUGCGGCGGCGGAGGGCGCAAUAGCAAUGAGGCAUCUGGCACGGAUCUUUCCGUCGGACAACCACGCGAACCAGGCAGUGUGGAGGGCGUACUUUCCGCACGCUCUGCGGCUGCUCAGGGCCAGGCAUGGGUGGGGCUUGGAUGAGAGUGCCAGACUGUCGUUGCGGGUUGGUCGGUGCCUGGUCAAGGAGGGCAGAAUCGCGGAGGCAGUGGGAUGGCUCGAGGAGUCCUGCAGCCAGAGAGCAAGGCUUGACGAAGACCAUCCUUCUCGACUAGCGUCGCAGCGCGCACUCGCUGCAGCAUACGAGGCCAACGGACAGGUCAAAGAGGCAGUCAAGCUGCUAGAAAGCGUCGUGGCGAUAGAAGCAGAAGUGCUCGCAGAAGACCAUCCU